AUGGCCGUGGAAUAUCUUCCCAAAAUGCUGGGUGUUGCUCAUUCAAAAGUGAUUGGUGAAUACAAGGGUUACGACAGUAAUGUUGAUGCCACCAUCGCCAACGAGUUCACUACAUCAGCUUUCCGUUUUGGUCAUGGAAUGAUUGAGAACCUCAAAAUAACACUGAAGGAGUUCUCACUUAUGGGAACACAAGACGUUUACAUCAUCUUCCGUGAAUGA